AUUACUCCGUGACCCGGAAGCAGUGAGGUGGAGGCGCGUGGUGCAGCCACGUCACUGGAAACGAGUGCCGGUUUUCCCAGCAGCCCUUGGGCUGACAGGUUGAUCAGAGCGGAGUGAGGAUCGUGGGUUUGUCGUUCUGUGUCCGGAGAGAGAGAGUAAGGUUUCAUCGGGUUGGUUUCCUUCCCUCGCUCCGGGUUAGGAUGGCGGACAGCGGCCUGGGCGAAUGGUACCGCAGCAUCCCCCUGGUUACCAGGUACUGGUUCACGGGCAGCGUGAUCCUUCCUGUCCUGGAGAGGCUGAAUAUGGUCAGCGCCAGGACCCUGGUGCUGUGGGCCGAACCUUUCUUCAACAACUUUCAGAUAUGGAGGCCAAUAACUGCAAGCCUGUUUUACCCAAUGGGAUUCCAUUAUUUGAUUCAGCUAUACUUCCUGUAUUCCUAUUCCUCAAGCUUGGAAAGAGGUUGGUUUCUACUCCUGUCUUUGCGCUGCAUCCAUUUGGUGCACUGA